AGAGGCAGUGAGUGCAAAGUGCACCAGUGAUGUUGAAGUUGGGUUAAGACGUGAACAGAUCGCGUUUGCAAGCUCUGCACAUUCAUCUCCAGGACAGACAGCGAGGGGUCCUUGGAAAGAACAUCACAGGACGGCACAGCACUGCGAGAGGCUCACCAGGAAUUGGGGCUAAGAUCCAAAUGGAGAGGAAUUCCAGAGCCACAGGUGGGGCUGAAGGCAAUGAUCCUAAGCAAUCGGCAACCCCGGCUGCGGACAAGAGGAACAAGCAAAAGGAAGACAAUGAGAUUGAAGUGAAACCGGUAGAAACUUUCUAUCAAAAGAAAGAGAAUUUUAAAACUUACGUGUGGAACCCAGAGAAGAGAAAAUUGCUCGGGCGGACGUCCAGGAGUUGGUUUCUCAUCCUGUUAUUCUACACCAUCUUCUACAUCUUUCUGGCUGGGAUGUUUGCUCUGUGCCUUUAUAUAUUGUUGCUGACGAUCAGUCCAUACACACCGACGUACCGAGACCGACUUGACAACCCAGGGGUCACCAUACUACCAAAUCUCGAAGGAUCUGAGAUUUUCUUCAACAGAUCAGAGAAGAGUACAUGGUCAGAAUACGUGAAAAACAUGCAUCGAUUUCUUGAAUCGUACAACGACAGUGUCCAAGCCGAUAAGAACAUUCAAUGUUCUCCUGGAAGUUACUUCACACAGCAGAAAAAUGAAAGUGAGGAAAGAGAAGCCUGUCAGUUCAAUCGGACUUUGCUGAGAAACUGCUCUGGAACUGAAGACCCCAACUUUGGCUACUCUCAGGGGAAGCCCUGCAUCCUUCUAAAGAUGAACAGACUCAUUGAUUAUCAGCCUGGUAAGGGAGUGCCGCCAUAUGUGGAUUGUGAAAUAAUGAAAGGAAUGGGAGCAAACGUUGUAAUUCACUUCUAUCCUAAGGGCGGAAUCUUCGACCUGAUGUAUUUCCCUUACUAUGGCAAACAGAGACAUGUAAACUACACAGUUCCGUUGGUUGCAAUGCAAUUUGAAAACUUGGAUAAGAACACCCCAAUCACUGUUCAGUGCAAAUUAAACGGGCCUGACAUCGUAAACGACAUCUACAAAGAUCGCUUUUCUGGCAGGAUUUUCUUCACAUUUCUUCUCCAAGCAUAGUACCGAACCGACCUUUAAUUCACUGAGUUGUCUGUAUAUUAGUACAAUAGGACAGCGUGAGCUUCUGCACCGACUAGUGGGAAGUGGAUAUUAGCACACAUUUGAUACUUUAAUUAAAGUAUCAAACAAUUACAUGAAUUGAGAGAUAAAUCUGACUUUAUGGAAAUACCGCAUCAAAUAAGCCCAACCGUAACAUUUCAAUUCUCACGUUUUGGUAUCUUCGAUCUGCAUUAAGUGUAAAAAUUGCAACAGGGCAGUACCUGCACAUUUAAAGCUUGUGAAUUUUUUUUCCAUAAAAAGCUCCAUUAUCAAAUAUACAGUCAACUUCUCAAGUUGAAGAAUUCCCUAGGCUGAGUCAGAGUAAACUGUUUUACUAACAAUCAUGAUGGAGCUAUUGGGAGUCAUUAUCCAUCAAUCCUGAAAAAGUUACCUUUUCUUGGAAGUGGGGAAAUUAUAUUUGUCCCCAAAUCUGGUGAAAUGUUGUAGCUUGUAUAUAUUUCUUCUUAAAAAAAACCCUUUCUAUACAAGUUUUCUCCAUGAUUGAGUCAUUUCAGUGAUUGGACAGCUCUAACCAUUAAUCUGAACCACAAAUUCUGUAUCAAUUCUCUCAGUGAACAAAAGCAGUCCAAUUCCAAUGUGUGUCAGCGUGGCUCAGUGGUAGCACUCUCGUCUCCGAGUUAGAAAGUUGCGAUUUAUAACUCCCUUGCUUUUGUAUUCUAUACCUCUAUUUAUAAAUUUUAGUCUAUUUAUCUUACCCUAUUUAUAAAACAUUGUAAAUGUAAAACACUGAAGUUGGGGUUGUUUUUAUGUGGUAUGUGACUUGGUUCACUUAAGAAAGAAUAUUGUAUCUCUUUUGUGAAUUGUGCUUUCUCUUGGACAGAGAAUGUGUUCAAGUGGUCCCUUUACUCGAAAUGUCUGAGAGAUGUACAAAAUGUGCAAUAAGUGUCAAGAAUUUGUGGGGGGUGGUGGUGGGGAGAGAGAAAUGGUCUAUAGUAUAUUCAUUAUUCCUGUUAUAAUUCCGGUUAUCCCACAGAAACUCCACUUCGGAAGUAGGUUACUGAAUAUGUGGCCACAGUAGUAUGAUGCACAAUUCCAGUUAAUGGAAGGAAUCCCCAUUUCCACAACUGAUUCCUCAAUUUACUCUUAACAGAUAUUGGUUCCCUAUACUGCUACUAACUUUAAUUGUUCCAACUGUCCUAUUAAAUUAUUAAUCCAGUGAAUUAAAAUUCUUUCAAAUUCAUUGGAUAGAUCACAUAGAUCUUCUGAAAUAAUAUAGUAGCAAUAGCUUUUUUUAAAAAAACAGCCAGAUAAAUAAUUUGACUUGCAUGAGAAAGGAAAAAAAUUAAGUUUAAAAAUCUCUUUACCCAUUAGAAUAUCCAGUUUACUUACACUGGAAGGCUACAUCAUAGCUGCCUGAAAAAAAUUAGUUUGCACCAGAAUACAUUGAAGAGGAACUGUGGGCUUUCUUCGUAUCUCUCACCAAACUCCCCCAAACAGAACAUAAGCAAUUUGGGGAUACUGAACAUACAAGCUGUCAGUUGGUUACCGAUAAGAAUUUUGAAGGUCACAAGAUAUCCGUUAAUACAUAAAAGCAAUGUUGGAGAAAGAAAAUUCACAGUAAAUAAAAGUAUGGGAUGAGUUGGGGUGAACUGUUGCUUAACCCUAGAGUAAAUCAGCAGCCUUUCGCAACGAAAGUCAAAUAUAAGAUUACGUUUUUAUUUCAAGCUUAUAAAUUUGAAUGAUAGUCAUGAAACUAAAUCAACAUCCUCAUAAGUAACAAUGCAGACUGUGUCUGAAUUACAGAUAUUAUAACUGCAGCAUUAAGUGAUCAAUUUUUAGCCCCAAAGUUUACAACCUCCCACCUCCCCUUCCCAUUUUCCAAAAAGCUUUAAAAAACCUUAGGGUAGGGCAACACUAUCUGUGACUACAUUGUUCAUUACGUGGAUAAAAGAUGUGGCAUCACUGUAGCACACCAUUGCAACAAAACAUAUACCUUCGGAGUUUAUUAAAUCUUUAAAUACUGUACUCUUAAACUGCA